CUGAUGCUGCUGCUGUUUGUAUUGCUAAUCCCCAGGAGCCCCGUUAAAAAAAAGGGGGGGGGACCGGGCAGCUGUCUCUUUAAAUGUGAUUUCCUUCUAUUGUAUUUGAAUCGUGAUCAGGAAAAAGGAAAUGAAACCAGAGACAGAGGGAAGCUGAGCGAAAAUAGACCUUCCCGAGAGAGGAGGGAGCCCGGGGAGAGAGGCACGGUCCCCUCCCCGCCCCCAGGCCGCCGCCCCCUCCCUGCCCUCGGCGGCGAGCCGCGCGCCGCGACCCGGGCCAUAGGGAGCGCGGUGACUGUCCUUGAGCGCGGAGGGGCGAGCUCGCCGCCGGAGCGCCGGAGCAAGAGGAGGUGCAGGAGCGGCGGCGGCGGCGGCGGCGCCCGAGCACCCGAGGGGGUCCGAGCCCCGGCAGCCGGCCAGCCCCGCGCCACAAAGGGAGCGCCCCCGCCGCUUGGCACGCCACCUCCCUCCCCAAUGUCCUCAGCCAUCGAGAGGAAGAGCCUGGACCCGUCUGAGGAGCCAGUGGAUGAAGUGCUGCAGAUCCCCCCGUCCCUGCUGACAUGCGGCGGCUGCCAGCAGAACAUUGGGGACCGCUACUUCCUGAAGGCCAUCGACCAGUACUGGCACGAGGACUGUCUGAGCUGCGACCUCUGCGGGUGCCGGCUGGGCGAGGUGGGGCGGCGCCUCUACUACAAGCUGGGCCGGAAGCUCUGCCGAAGGGACUAUCUCAGGCUUUUUGGCCAAGAUGGUCUCUGUGCAUCCUGUGACAAGCGGAUCCGUGCCUAUGAGAUGACGAUGCGAGUGAAAGACAAAGUGUAUCACCUGGAAUGUUUCAAAUGCGCCGCCUGUCAGAAGCACUUCUGUGUGGGCGACAGAUACCUCCUCAUCAACUCCGACAUAGUGUGUGAACAGGACAUCUACGAAUGGACUAAGAUCAAUGGAAUGAUCUAGGCCCGAGUCCCCCAGCAUUUCUGAGGGGUGUUUCACUGAAGUCACUGUCUCCGUAGGGUCUUCACUCUUGGGCACUCUGGGGAUUGGAGGGUGGGAUGAGGCAUUUCUUAGGGGAUGGUGGACCCUCUCUGGGCACCAAGCCACAGCAUCCAAGUGACAUAAUACAAGGGACAAGACUUAACUAUGACAGGAUGAUCAGCCUUUAGGGAGAGCUUAUGGACAGUGGCCACCGCCUAUGCAUAGUCACUGAUAAGAUUAGUAAAGGAAAGGAGUGUUGGGCAGGCAGGCGCGUGCCAUCAUCCUAGAACUUCACACUUACGGAGAGGGAUGUGUGCAAAGGACCUUGACCCUUGACAAUUAGAGAUGUGCAAUUGAUUUCUUUUCUUCCUGGCUUUUAUGACAGCCCUGCUCCAAUCACUGUCCUCCACACAAGGGAAGGACAGAGAGGAGAGUGGCCAUCCUUUCUUCUUGGCCACCUUCCCAAGGCCUUAAGCUUUGGACCCAAGGGAAACUGUGUGGAGACACAUUUCAGUUGAGAAUGGAAACUGCAACUUUUAACCAAACAAUUAUUUAAAGCAAUGCUAAUGAAUCACCGUUUUUAGACACCCUGGUUUUGAGGUGAGGAGUUCCACAGAUUGUUUCUAUAUGAAUGUAAAUCUAAAAACAAAAGUUGUUCAACUAUUUUAUUAUCUUAGAUUAUAUCAAAGUAUUUGCUGUGUGUAGUUAAAAAAAAAAACUCUGCAGACAAUAAAAAUGACAGACUAAAAUGAA